CUAAAAAUCUAAAAUAUUUCUGCUUAGGAUUAAAAGAUAACAAACAGUCUGUGUUUAAUCCAUCCCAAAUCAUAUUCUUCCAACAUUCUUCAUGCUUACAAUUUCAAAAUAGUGAACAGUGACUUUUUGGUUGAUUCUGAAUGAAUGAAUGAAGCUUCUUUCUAACAAACAACAACAACAGCAGAGAAUAAUCAAAUGAAGCAGAAUGAAGAACAUAGGCAGAUUGAACAUUAUGAAGUCCAACAGAUCAAACCCAAGUAUUUCGAGCAUGAAUGGAAGUAGCAGUAACAGCAGCAGCAACAAUCUGAACUGCUAUCAACAGCAGCAGUUGGCAGCAUCAGAUAAUCUUUGGAGCAGUAGAGAUUCAUCGAUGUCUUCUCGUGAAGGAGUGCCCAACUCUUACUGUGGCACUCCUGUUAUCUUCAAAAAUGCUAUUGACGAACUGCCAGACAGAGCAGUUGGCCACAGGAAGUUGAGUUUGAAGGGUCAGUCAUCAUCGACUUGCAGUGAUGCCAUCAGAGAGGCCGCGUAUAUAGGAUCUUUUCCAGUUGACGAACCUACUCAGGAAGCCAGAGCUGAUUACAUCAAGAAACAUCUGUCUGAUAUGAGAAAUAUUAGCAGUGCCAAACCCGUCUUGCUGGCCAUCUCACUGUCAGGAAUAAAAGUCUGCUGUGGAUCGGGAGAGACAGUAUUCAUGGCUCAUGCUUUGAAAAGAAUCUCCUACGCCACCUGCCAGCCAGAGAAGUGUCAGUUUUCAUUUCUCGCUCGAGAGCCUAAAUCUCCAACCAGCAUCCAGUACUGCCACACUUUUGUCACUAAAACUUCCACUGAGGCUGAAGAAAUUAACAGCAUCGUAGCAAAUGCAUUCAAGACAGCAUACCAACAGCAACAGCAGCAGCAACAACAGCAGCAGCAACUAAAUAGCAGCAGCAACAACAUCUCAACAUCUUUCAAUGAUCUUAUUCAGAGCCAAAUAAAUCAACAGCAAAGAGAACAUCAACUAGCCAAUCAGAUGAAAGAGGAAAGGUUGAAAGACCAAUUAAAUAGCAUUUCGACUCCUCGCAUCGAUUCUAUAGGCCAGGAGAGGAAGAUGAGAAGAAUGUCGAGACUCAUCAGCAAUGAGGAUGAGGAUGCUUUAGAAUGGGCUAGAAAUGUGGUAGACAAAAUCAUGAUGAUGACGACGACAUCAACCAUCAGCAGCAACAACUUCCAUGACGGCAGCGGCAUUGAUGACAACAACAACUCAAACAUUCAUGAUCUCCUCAACAGCCUGUCCUACAACAGCAACAAUUCGAGCAACAACAUCUCUAGCAGCAGCAGCAACAACACACCAUCUCCAGUUAACUUAAUUAAAAAGUUCAUAGACAACAAUUUCGACAAACUUUUCACAUCAGACAGUUCAACAAUCACCAUCCUACCCUCACCAAAGCACUCAUCAUCUCACCAGCUGAACUCUCUUCAUCAACAUCUCGCUCAGCCUGAAGAACUCAGUCCUAUUGAAAGCUCUGAUUGGAGCCCUAUUAGGAGCCAUCAACCAAUAGGAACAAGUCAUUCAAUGGUCACCAUGGCAACAAAUGAAAUUAGGUCAUCCAAUGCUAGUGAGGAACGACCGUCACACAUUGAGCAUCUUGCCAGGGAGUAUUUAAAUAAAUCCGGUAGGCCAGAGGCUGAUGUAAAUGACAGCAAGUUGCAUGAACAACCAUGGUAUCAGCCAGGAGUUCCUAGGGACAUAGCUUUGAAUCAGCUGCUUCAUCAGGUUAAUGGAUCAUUUGUUGUUAGGGACAGCUCAACUCAUCCAAACUGUUACGCUCUCUCUAUCAAGGUUCCAAAGUAUGAUUCUCCGAAUGAGAUCACGCACUAUCUCAUCGUCAAAACGCCCAGAGGAACCUUCAAAAUCAAGGGCCUGACAAAAGAAUGGACGUCACUGACCUCCUUGGUACUCCACCACACAAUCAUGAGAGAACUUCUACCUUGCUUGCUAGUCUUGCCCUGA